AGACCUUUCACGACAAGGUUCCCAGAGGGAGACAACUGGACCCAGACCAUGGUCCUGAUUUAGACCUGGAGGUUCCUGCUCCAGCAGAGCUCCGUGUCAGGACUGUGAAACCAAGGCUCACCAUCAUGUCGGAGAAAAAGAUGUCUUCAAGCCGGAAGCAUCAGCUGAAGAGUCUGAUGCUGUCCAUCGCCAAAGGCCUGCUGGAGGAGGAGGAGAGGGAGCGGGAGCGGGACAGGGCUCGGUACAUGGCGGAGAACUGUCCGGCGCCGUCCAUGCCCAGAACCAUGCAGGACCUGCAGGACCUGUGUAAAGAGAUUCACAAGAAGAUCGACGUCAUUGAUGAGGAGCGAUACGAUCUGGCGCUGAAAGUCAGCAAGUCUGACAAGGAGAUCGAGGACCUGAAGAUCAAAGUCCAGGACCUGAUGGGAAAGUUUAAGAAACCGGUCCUGAAGAAGGUGCGCAUGUCGGCCGACGCCAUGCUGAAGGCCCUGCUGGGCUCCAAGCACACCGUCAACCUGGACCUGAGGGCCAACCUGAAGCAGGUCAAGAAGGAGGUGAAGGAGGAGGAUAAAGAACUUCGUGAUGUUGGAGACUGGCGCAAAAACAUUGAAGACAAAUCCGGCAUGGACGGGAGGAAGAAGAUGUUUGAGGCCGAGGCUUGAAAUGUGUGGACAGUGGUUCUGUUUGUCCCUGACUCUGUGAAACACCGUAUUAAACUUGUACAGUUACAGAAUAAACUGCUGAAGCGUC